AUGCCAGGUUUUGUAGCCAGGACUAACGCGGAAGGCUUGCUUUGUAGAAGGAAUAGUAAACUUGAUUCUUUUCUGAAAAGAAACACAGAUGGGGAUGUGUACGAGCGCAUACGUGCCUACGAGCCUUGUGUUGUCAUUUCGGAGACCGUCAACAAGGUUUUCAUGCACGUUAUCCUGAGUGAUGACUGUAUCUACCUGACUGAGUAUCCUCCGCGUACAGUUCAGCCGGCAGUCUGUUUCCAAGACAUUAUUGACAUCGAGUUGAUCAACGAUUUACCAGAUUUUCUCAGUGGCCGCGAGCGUGAGCGUUCGCAGCAUAUCCGAGUGCUCCAUGCCGCCAUAAAGCAUACAAGGAAAAAGGGGGCAAGACCAGUCAAAGAGAGGAAUGCCAGACCACAGCAACCUGUUUCACCCGCUGUUCAACACAAACAUGGCAUCGCUCCCUCCCUUGAGGGAAUUAGCAGUGUACUCCUUUCCACUAUUUCUGCACCACCUGAAGCGACAGGCUGGAGAAUCUCUCCUUUGUCUGAGAGUGGGAGCAAGGACAAUGACGAAGAGGAAAACAGCGUGAUCAGAAAGCAUCGCUCGGCCUCCUGUCCAAACUCAGAGGCUCUGGGUCUGAAUGUGCUCCAGUCCGCACCUCGGCAUGCCCCUCGAAAGCUUUCUUCCAGCCUGGCUGUGUCUCCUCUCCCCUGCCUCUCCCCCAGACAGGUGGGCCAGCGACCCGUCUCUAAGAUCCACCCCACCAGUCUCAAACCAGCCAGCCACCAGAGCUCCAUACUGGCCUGGCUGAUGAGGAGAGUGGCAGUAGAGAAGAGGAGAGAGGGAGAGGAUGAAGUGAAGGAGGAAAGAGAAGCGGAGUUGCAUCUGUAUGCUGUUUCUCCCUCUUCACACAUAUAUCUGCACCUACAGAGUUCCUGGAAUAGCUAUAUCAUAAGAUCCACUCUGAUGUUGGACCCUCUCUAUGUAAGGAGAUGCAGUUUGUCCCUAUCUUCCCCACAGAAACACAGACCUCCCAAAGUCAGUCAGGAGCGCACUGCUCAUUUGUUCAGUCAGUUGAGUGGAGAGUUGUUGCAGGAGGGCAUCAGUCUGGAGAGUCUGUAUCUACUGCUGCAGGAGCUUUAUACAGCCACACACCGCAAUCCUACUAUCAAAAAAUUCUUCUGGAGGUCGGGUGACUUGUGUCCAUUCCUGGUGAUGACCCUUGCUGACACCAUGCAGGAAACUCAGAGUGGAGUUCACAUAUCAGACAGACUGCUGUUAUGCACAUUAGUGGUGCAGACAUUAAGUGUGAUGUUCCGGGAGACAGAGAUUGAACCAGCUCGCCUCAGCAUUCUGACAGCUAAAAAGGGAGCUUUGACCGCAAAGCUGCUACUGGCUUUGGUCUGUGAUCCAGGGCUUCCCGUCCCAGACCCCCACGAGUCCCCCACUGAUUCCUCAACCUUAGGGCAAGGGUCACCCCUACAAACAGAGCUGGAGACCCUGCGGGCAGAGUACCUGGAUGCAGCAUCAGCUCUGCUGUUUGAGGUGAUCGUUUUCUGUCAGGAGGCCAGUCGUACUCCAACCUUGGGACAUUUCCUCACUGUCUCCUGGGCACUAAAAACACUUAAGCCACAUCCCUCGUUAGUCCCUUUUGUGGGCUACCAGGCUCAGCAGGUGGUUCUCGCUCUGUCACAGUGCCAGUCUCCUCUUAGUCCAUCCCAAGCAGUUCUUCUGUACCAGCGCUGUAGGUUACUGCUGGCCUGUCUCCAGCACAGCACAUACCUGAGCCAGUACAUCAGAGCUGAGUUCAGAGAGGAGUUCAGGUACUAUGUGAAGAUGUCAGAGUUGGAGGAGAAGCUGCCAUUGCACUAUCCCAUUAGUCAGCCAGCUCUCCGCCUACUUUCUCAGCUUUUCAGUGUGGUACUCCACAGAGUCUGA